UCGCGGGGCUGGGCCGAGGGGCGGGGAUCUGGGCUGGUCCCGGGGCGCGGGGAUCGGGGCUGGUCCCGGGGCUCCACCCGCCCUCCGAGCUCGCUGGACGGAGCAGGCCUGCCGGGGACUCUGGACUCACCCGCAGAGCGCGAAGAACCGAAGCCCCACCCCGGCCCGCUGUAAGACCCGGCCGGGAAGGUGAGCAGUAUUCACCCAGAAUGCCGAUUUCAUCUGGAAAUUCAGGAGGAAGAAAUGAGAUGUGCAGAGCUUCUAAGGACUCGAACAGAAAAACACAAAGCCUGCAGCGGCGUCUGGGACAACAUUACUUGCUGGCGCCCCGCGGAUGUUGGCGAGACCGUCACGGUGCCCUGUCCAAAACUGUUCAGCAAUAUUUACAGCAAACCAGGAAACAUAAGCAAGAACUGCACCAGUGACGGGUGGUCAGAGACAUUCCCGGAUUUCAUGGACGCGUGUGGCUACAGCGACCCUGAGGAUGAGAGCAAGAUCACGUUCUACAUUCGGGUGAAGGCCGUUUACACCCUGGGCUACAGCGUCUCUCUGAUCUCCCUUACAACAGGAAGCAUAAUUCUUUGCCUCUUCAGGAAGCUGCACUGCACCCGGAACUACAUCCACCUGAACCUGUUCCUGUCCUUCAUCCUGCGGGCCGUCUCGGUGCUGGUCAAGGACGACGUGCUGUACUCCAGCUCCGGGAGGCUGCACUGCCCGGACCUGCCGUUCUCCUGGGUGGGCUGCAAGCUGAGCCUGGUCUUCUUCCAGUACUGCAUCAUGGCCAACUUCUACUGGCUGCUGGUGGAGGGGCUUUACCUCCACACCCUGCUCGUGGUCAUCUUCGCCCCCGGCCGGCGCUUCCUGGCCUACCUCCUGAUCGGAUGGGGCGUCCCCACCGUCAGCACGGGUGCGUGGGUUGUGGCCCGGCUCUUGCUGGAGGACACGGGUUGCUGGGACACCAGUGACCACAGUGUUCCUUGGUGGGUUAUACGAACACCGAUUUUAAUUUCUAUUAUAGUCAAUUUCAUCUUUUUCGUUAGUAUUAUACGAAUUUUACGGCAGAAGUUGACAUCCCCAGAUGUCGGCGGCAACGACCAAUCACAGUACAAGAGGCUGGCCAAGUCCACCUUGCUGCUCAUCCCGCUGUUUGGCGUCCACUACAUGGUGUUCGCAGUGUUUCCCAUCGGCAUCUCCUCCAAAUACCAGAUUCUGUUUGAACUGUGCCUCGGAUCCUUUCAGGGCCUGGUGGUGGCGGUUCUCUACUGCUUCCUGAACAGCGAGGUGCAGAGCGAGCUGAGACGCACGUGGCGUGGCCUGUGGCCCAGCCGGCCCUCCGCCCGGGACCGCCGGCUGCACAGCCUGUCCAUCUCCAGGACCGGCUCGGAUGGUGCCCUGCAGGGCCCCCGCGGCUCCCGCGCCCCAUCCCUCCUGCAGACGGAGACCUCAGUCAUCUAGGGGCCCCAGUGUGGCCCUGGCCCCCGCAAGGGGGGCCCAAGCGGACUCGGCCCUGGCCACCCAGAGCUGGGCCUGGCUGAUCCUCCGGGGGACUGGGUGACCUUGAAACCGCCUGGGACUUAAAGCUCAUGAUUGUCAAAGUCCAGCAGUCAGGCGCUUUGUCAUUCAUAUUGUUUGGCCAUGCAGACGAACCCAUUUUCAAAGAGACUAGGAAAGACCGAGGUGGUAGAACCCAGGACUUGGUGUCAGCGACUGUGGAAGAAAGAAGGGGUUUUCUGAUCUCAGCACCAGUUCUCAGGGGGUGCAGGCCUGGGCUGCGGCGCUGGCCUUCAGGGAUGUGGUCACCGCUUCUGAAUGACCUGCACCACUGCUCUCCCAGCCUCAGUCAUGGGGCGGUCCAGCCCGUGGUGCGCAGGACACGUGGACCUCCCCCGAGGGCCCCCACGGAGCCUCCCGCACGCCCAGCAAGGCCCCUCGCCUCCGCACCCCCGGGCGCCCAGGGCCCCGCCUGCUCACACCACAUCCGGACUCUCGCCUCUGCUGCUGCGCUCAGUUCUCCUGCCGCUCCGUGACACCGGCCCCCCCUUACCAACAAGGCCAUGGAGCCUUCGUCUCGGGGCAUCACGGAGCUGAGCGUGGGUGCCUGUCGUCAGGACGGCCGGCGCUGGGCAGCGGGGCCAGGGGGCAGGGCUGGGCUGAGGAGUGGGCCGGACAGCCGGGGCAUGACUGGGAGGCUUGUCACCCAGCAUGGUCCCUCUGGGGGGUGUGCCCGGCCCCCAGUGAGGAGAGCCUGGCCCAAGAGCGUGGGACAGCCACGGGGGGCCCGGCAGCGGAGCCCCAGCUCAGUGAGCGAGCGCACGCCCGGCACGCCUGGAGAGCCGGCCCAGUGUCUCGGGCCGCCGUCUGGCGUGGGUGCUGGCUGCGCACCUAGGGGUCUGUCAGCUGCCAGCGCCUGGUGGUCCGGCCCGACGGGAGCAGAGGGGAGACUGCCUGUCACUCCCCGAUAGCAGGACAGAGGUGACCGAAGCACCCGACAUGUCACUGCAAAGUGCUGUAAACGUGUGCGCGUGGAAUGUGCCCCAGCUGCCGCGCGAGACCACUUGAAUAAAACCCAUUUUG